AUGUCUUCACGAAAACAUCUGCAUCGGCAGGGGAAUGUGCCGAAUGAGAAUGAUGAUGAGGAAGAAAAAAACGAAGAAGAGGAACGGGAGAAAAACCAAUGGCUGCAGAAAGUCGCGCACGCACAAAAGGGCGGAGCAAACGGAAGUCAACAACUCGCCAAAAACCCCCAACCAGGUCCAUCGCAUAAACCGCCAUUUUUGAGAUCACAGAGUAUUCGAGAUUGCAUUGAGUCGAGUGCACGCUUUUUCGGAAUUCCACCAACAGCUCCGGAAACAUCGGAAAGACCCACUGCAGAUGAAUCAAAGAAAACUGAUCAAGCACAAGAAGAUGAGGAAUUUUGGAGAAGCAAACGAUUGAAGCGCUUAUACCGGAAAUACGGGAUCAAAGCCGAAGAGGCGAACAAAGAGUGCACGAGGGGAGGAGAACCGUCAGUGGUGAACACACCGGAGUAUUUCGAGGGAUCGUAUAAUCAGAGUACAAUGGACCUCGAUGAGGCGACGAUGCGGAACGCGAUGGCGACAACGAGAAAAAUCGGGAAACACCAAAUGGGACCGAGAAGGGAUUCGGCAAUGUCGAUUGUCAUGCACUCGUUAAGAUCUUUCUAUCGACAAGGUUCCCUUUCCUCGUUACUACAAGGUCGUCAAGGCAGAUAUCGAUCGAGUUUCAACCCGGAACAAAUCGAUUCAACGAUCACGAGAGAAGUUGUCCAUGAUGCGGAUCGAUCGACGAGAGCCAGCACUCAACAUCUUCCCUCGAUCACCCCUCCGGCUGGCUCGUUUGAUCGGGUUCGGUUUACAGCCGGACAAAGUUUUGAUUCGGAGAAUGUCGAGUUUGUCGAUAGAAAAUCCCGGCUGCAAAUCGAAAUCCUCCCAACACCAUCUGAGACAAUCGAGCGACCACAACAGUUACCAAUGAGCGCUCCCCAUCUCCAAAGUGGCGGUUUAUUCGAUGGAUCUCAAUGUGUUCCCUUGGAACCGUCUGCAAGGAAAACUUUCUCAUUCCCAUCUCGUCCCCCGAAAAGGAUACAAGGCUCUGAUUAUGCGGCAUCGCAAAAAUUGGCAGCCACGCCUGGAUCGAUCAAAUCGUAUAAAUCGGUUUGCUCGCUGGAUGAUGAGCUUUUCUUCAGUCAAUUGCAACUAAAAACUCCAGUUGCUGGCCCUCGUCGCCUCGAUCAAGUCCCUGAGGAAAAAUCGACCGAAUCUUUUGAGAGAAAAUCGACAAUUGCUUCAGGAAAAUCGGUGACUCAAGCUCUUGGUGACUCCGAUCUUGCGGAAGUCGGGAAAACGAUCCUUGGGAAACCUGAGAUUGAUGAUUUCUAUCGAGCGAAAUUGGAGGACAAAGUACAGCCCGAUCGACCGGAACCGCAGAAAAUCUCCGAUGAAAUCCUCAACAAAGUUAAACGACAAGUCAUCGACAAAAAGCAGUACAAAAUUCGAGCGAUACGACGGAGGGGAGAAGGCGUUUUCGGGAGAUUCUGCUUGCGACGAAUGAAAAGGAGCAGUGAAUUGUCUCCCCUUGUGAAACAACAAAUCGCGAACGCGAAAGAUGAACGUCCAUUCUUCACUUAUUGGAUCACAACCGUUCAAGUGAUCAUCCUCAUUUUGUCGAUCAUUUUUUACGGAUUUGGGCCAUUCGGGAUGAGUCGUGUUGAAAGAAAAGGCGAAGUUUUGCAUACGUCAAUCACCUACAAAAUGGUUUCCCUCUACGAGCCGGCGAAUUUCUGGUUAGGCCCGAGUCAUGCGAAUCUGAUACGCUUGGGUGCUAAGUAUUCGCCGUGUAUGAGAAGUGAGCCGAGUAUUCGGAGAUUGAUUGAAGAGGAUCAUCGAAUCGAGAACCAAACGGGUUGCUGUAUCUACGAUGAUGGACACGAUUGCUUUCAAACGCUGAGGGAGAAUUGCCCGAGUAUCGGAGCCACAUUCCAUUCGUGGGCCCGGAAAUUCCUCAACACCAUCAACAACAAAAACAAUCUUUCGCUGAAAAGAAAACGACCGCCAACGGCUGGAUUGCUGGAAAAUGAUGCGGAAACGGAUCCUUUCAUGGAGGCGAUUCACUCGGGCAAUGGACGAUUCUCGGUGGGACCCGUCUGUGGACAAGAUCCGAUCCUCUGCAAGACUCCCCCGUCGAUCGAGCCCACAUUUUGGCCGAACGAUCUAUCGGAGUGGCCGAUUUGCGAAGAAGUCUACACGGGAAUCGCCUAUCCACCGCACAUGAAAUGCAAGCUGACGGGACGACCGUGUUGUAUCAUGCAAAUGGGUCAAUGCCGCAUCGCGACGAAAGAAUACUGCGAUUUCGUUGAGGGAACGUUCCAUGAAAAUGCCACUUUGUGCUCACAAGUGAAAUGCCUUGAAGAUGUGUGUGGAAUGCUUCCAUUUGUGAUAAAAGAUCAACCGGAUCAGAUCUCGCGACUCUUCGUUUCUCUUUUCAUCCACGCGGGUAUCAUCCAUUGCUCGUUGACGGUUUUCCUUCAAUUGUGGCUGAUGAGAGAUCUCGAGUACAUGUUGGGAUGGAAAAGGAUGGCAAUUUUGUAUCUCGGAAGUGGGAUCGGCGGGAAUCUAGCCUCAUCGAUUUUUGUGCCAUUUCAACCACAAGUCGGCCCAACCGCUUCACUAAUCGGCAUCCAGGCAGCUCUGCUCGUCGAUGCUUAUUAUAAUAGCUACCUCAUCAAAUUCCCGUUCAAAGCGUACCUCGAGCAUUUCAUCGUCAUCAUUCUCCUUUUCAUCAUCGGUCUUUUCCCGUGGAUCGACAAUUGGACGCAUCUUUUCGGAUUCAUUUUUGGAUUGUUGAUCUCAUUGAUCGUUUUCCCGUAUUUGUCUUUCGUCGACAAAAAGCAAGACCCGAAACAACACCGACGAGAAAGGAGAAGAAGAAUUGUAAUCGUCGCCGUCUCCUCAAUCAUUUUGGUGACACUUUUUUUCUUGUUGGGUUACAUCUUCUUCGCGAACAUCGAAUUAUCAUGCUCGUGGUGCUGGAAAUUCAACUGUCUGCCAUUGUUGGAUUGGUUGAUCGAUCCGCAUUUUUGUGAUAAUCAGGGGCUACGAUUGGAGACAUUGUUGCCAAUU